UUGUUCUAUUUAUUUAUAUUUUGAUGGAUUAUUGUUGUUAGUCAAUGAUGAGAUGGGUGAAAAAAUUUGGAAUAGGAUUUGGUACAUACUUCAUAUUAACAUACUUGUCAAAAAAUUUCAAGUUAUAUUAUAAAUUAGUUAUAUCAUCAGGAAAAGGUGGAGAGUCAACAUCAUGGUUUAAAUUUUAUAGGAGUUUGCUAAUUUUCAAUUUUGUUUGCUUAUUUAUAUUAUAUUUUGUUCAUUUAAAUUUCCUUUUGCUCAUUUUUCUUUUGUUUUGCUCAUUUUUUUUUCAAGGAAACAAAAUGUGAAUAUCAAUUCUGAUAUUCUCACAUUUCUUUCUGAUGUUGAUAAAAUAAAGGACUUGAAUUGGUGCAAGUAUAUCCUUGAUUCACUUGUGAAGGCCAAGCUUUUCUGGGAAGAACGUCAAACUCGUUCUUUUCCUGGAUCUUUACUGUUUCUUAUGCUUUUAUACGUUGAUCAGUUUGUCAUUGAGGAAGUUAGAGCCAAACGAGAAACUCCAGUUCUCAAAGGUUGGACAACCAAUAUGUUGUCAAGUCGUGAGAAAUUGGAAAUUUUUAAGGGGAGGCUUGGAGUUUUUUAUAAAAACCAGAAGCUUGUUGGUCCUUCUGGCAGCAAACAACCAAAACUGAAAUGCCUUAUGGAGCUUGCAACAGCAUCUACAAAUCUAGUCUUGGCAUACAUGGAUUUCAGUGAAAAACAUGAAACUGCUGUUAAGUAUUUUCCAAACAAUGAGAAGAUUCAAAAGCUGAAGGAAGAUGCAAUGACUGUUUGUGAUGAGCAGAAGAUGAGCUCUAAAGCUUUGACUAAAGAUAUUCCUCUCUCAUUUAGCCAAGAUGAACAGUAUUGGCAAGAUCCAGCUGUAAUUGAAGCUUGGGAUAGGUUUUCGAAGAUUUCAGGCAAUGACAAGCAUGCUGAAUCUACAAUUUAUGCUAGGGUUGAUCAACUGAUUGAAUCAGAACCAAUUGAUAUUACUAAGAUUGCUGCUGAAUGUGUUGACAUAGCAAGUGGUAUACCUGAUGUUGAAGAUCCAUCUGUUAUCAUACAGCCUAAGGUUGCUGAACAUGUAUUAAAAAAACUUGGAGAGUCAAGUACGAGAUAUAGUUUAAGAAGUUCAGUUGCCGAAGGAUGUGGAACUCCUUCAUUCAGCUUAGGAAUCUCUUCUCAAGAUGAUUCUCAGGAGAAGUCCCCCAGCAUUGCACCUACUGAUGAACCUGUAGUUGCUCCUGUGAGUGCACAAGUUGGUGCUUCUAAAUCAGUUGAUGAUGCUGAUGCUGUGAAUGCUCAAGAAGACCCAAUUGCGCUUAAGAGAAAAUGAGAUGCUGAAAAUGAGAGUUGUAUUCCAAAGAAGCGUAAAGUGCAACCAUCGUUGCAAAUAAGAUCUCCUUUUAAGUCUCGGAUUAUCAACAUAUAUACACCAUUAAC